AUGAAAUUGAAAAAUCCAUUCGGAAUCUUGUCUGACGAGAUAAGAUGGAUGCUGAGACACUGUAGUGGCAAAGAGAUGUCGAAUCAGACGGGGCUGAAGCAUGUGCCGGCCGAACCGACCCAGCUCGAGAGUAAACGGUCGCGUCGUCGAGCUGGUGGUAGGGCCGCUGCAUUGCGUCGAGCGCCAUCAGACUCGGACUGUUCGGGCGAGACGGCCUCCCUGUCGGCCGACAGUGCGGAGCGUGCGCCGAGAGUUCCACCGCCCACUACCAGGCAGACCAAGUCGCGGAGCCGACGGCGCGGCAGCGAGUGGGAGGUGCUCGAAGGACUAAAAGAUGGCCAGCGUUUCGACAAAAGGCCCGAGGUGUUCAAUGGUUACCUGCACAAGAAGAGGAAGUGGCCCCUCAAGGGUUGGCACAAGCGUUUCUUCGUAGUGGAUGGCGGUAUCUUAGUAUAUGCGCGGUCGCCCUCCGAUGUUGCUCGAGGGCGUCUUAACGGUUCAGUGGACGUCGGUCUCUCUGUGAUCUCGGCUAAGGCGCGACGACGACGCAUAGACAUAGAUGCCGACGAGUUUAUCUACCAUUUAAGAGCGAAAACACCUGAAGUAUUUCGCACUUGGUUAAACGUGUUAAAGGCGCACCGAUUAUACCGUCAGCACCUACUGACAUUUGGUACCCGGGAAUCUGUGCCCAAAAGCCACGCGCCACUAGAAGAAUUACCACCCACUGAGACAUCAUCACAAACCUCCACCCUAAGUUCAAGUGAAAGCACGCGAACCGAUUCACAAACUACUUGGACUUCUUCCGGCUUAUUUCCCACAUUUUCUUACAAAAAACUUUGCGCGAAUAUUCCUUUAAAACAUUGGUCUCGUAAAUUUUUAAAUAAAUAUGAUUUGAAAACCUUGAAAUAUCAAUUUGAGGAUAAUGUAAAUUCAAUGUCCAACAAAUUGCCAUUGAAGCAUGCUAGUCUUUGCUCUAUGAAUUGUGUUGAAAGAACAAGAAAUAAACCUAAUAAAUUUGAGAAAACACAAAAUGAUGAAUCAAAAAGUGUAAAAGCCAAUGUUGAUAAAGAAAUGCUCAUGCACAGCACUGAGUUGGACGUUAGACUGGGCUCGACGGGAUUGGAAUCAUUACUGUGUGCAUAUUCUCUAAAUUCUCCGAAUAGAAAAUUGUCACCUUUAAAUAAAAGUAAAGACAAAGAAAACAAAAUAAGGACUUCACAGUGUAACAAAGAGUCAAAACGUACUACUUUAACUCAAACUGAACGCACUUUGUUUUGCUUUACACAUAAAAGUCGUCCCUUUAGUGGCAAUAAGAAACAGCCUUUUUUGAGACGAAGCAAGAAAUCAACGAACGUGGUCAAAUAUAAAAACGUGAUAAAUGAACCACCUCUAAUGCAUCCAUUUAACAAAUGCGUAUUGCUUGGGAAAUAUAAACUGAAGAUUUCACGUCACUCUGAUGUCAGGCCUGCAAAAGUAUUCCAUACAAGUAGAAACAGCAACCCCCUUGAAAUCAUUUCUAAUGUAAACAAAUUUGAAUCACUACAAGAUUCUCUUAUUGGAACUGAUUUCGAUAAAAUGACAGAAAAACUUACAGAGGCCGUGGUUAAAAAAUACAAUAAAUCACAUAAUAUUCAAAGUGGACUACUGAAAAGUUUCAUAAGUCAGGUAGUUAAAGAGAUGUAUAACGUUAGUUGCGAGAAAAAUGAUGAAAAUCUUGAAAAAGCACUAUUCAAAUGUCUUCUAGAAUACUGGAUAAAAAAUACUUCAACUGAAAAACGAGACCUUAUAUCCAAAGAAGUUAAAUCUAUAGACAGACCAUCGAAUAAAUAUUUCACUCAAGAUCAAAACACAUCUAGCUUAUAUAUUCCAAAUUAUACAAAGGAAACACAGUUUUAUGGAAUCGGUGAUACAAUAACUAAGAAAAAGCCUGGAUUUUCAAUCAACGCCCCUGUCACACAAUUACUGGAAGCAAAGUUAUCUGACAGAAAAAGUUUUGACAAAGAACGACGUGUACAAGAAUUAGAAAGAUUACUUAAAAAUACUGUAUAUUGCGAAAAUCUACACACUGCUAAAAGAACAGAAGAAGAUAUUAAAAUAACUAAAAAUUUAAUCGAUAACAUUGGUGAAAAGUCGCGAAAAGUUUUGAAACCAUAUGCUUUACCUGAACUAACAGAAUUACAAAAUACCAUAGAUCAUCUACUCAGCGAGACUUCACUUCCUCCAGAUUUAGCCAAGGAAUUCUUUAGUAUUUAUUUAAACAUUCUUACCAAUGAGAGUACAGAUGACUCCAGCGUUCUAACUGCUGAUACUUCUAAAACUACCGAACAUAGUUCUCAACCUAUGUGUGAAGUAUUAAGGGAAUGUGUUCAAAAAAGAGUAUCCCAAGGUGUGAUGACAAAAGACUGUAACGAACACAUCCAUAACAAACAGAAACUGUCACCAAACAAUUCGGAUCAAACAUAUUUAAACAGUGUACUAAACAAAAUAACUACUGAAUCGGGUAAUGGUUGCAAUUUUGAUAAAGACAAACUAAAAACGUGCGCCACAAUUUGUUCUAAUGUAAAUUCUGACAAAGUUAGUAAAGGAGAUAUUGUCAUUUCUUUUUCUAAAUACAAUCUAGAACAUGUUUCAACGACUGGUGUUCCACUGAUGAGAUGUGAGAUGAGAAGAGAUGUUGAGUUUGAAUUAACAGAAAAACGCAAUGUAGUACACAAUGCUUGGUUUUUAAACACUAACAUACACAAGUCGUCUUCUGAACAAAUUUUUAAUUCGGUCGUAUUUGAUCACGUAGCCAACCACAAAAAUAAUUUAUAUCUGGAUUACGAUUGUGAUAUUAAUAAAAAUGAAAUAAUUAGUGUCAAACCAUAUCAUAGCAGUCAAACAACGUCUAAAAGUUGCUUUAGUAAAGUUUUUAAGAACGAAUUUUCUAGAAACACAACAAUUCAAGUUGUUAAAAAUAGUUCUGAUAAUAAUCCUCUUUCGAUAAAAUGCCCUUAUUUUGUCUAUGAUCCACAAACUUGCGCUUUAAUGCCAAUGAGGGAAGAGUGCUUGCAAACUAACUUUCACUCGAAAGAAAAAAGAAACUUAGAUAUGGCUUCGGAAAUAACGCCAAAAGCUUCAACUCAUUAUAGUGAUUCUACUCGACUGUCAUCGCAAGGAGAAGCAGGACCAAGAAUUAUCGAUGAAUCUUUCAUACUUUGUUUGUUAAAAAACUUGGUCACAUUCUCCAAACAUCUACCAACAUUACACAAGGAUAUUCAUAGUUUAUAUCGGAAGCUGACAAAGAAAUGUGAAAAAAUUACAAAGGAUAAUAACAUUGUUUUACGCGACAUAUCAAAUAAAGAAGUUGGUAUUCAAUUUAACGGAUAUAUCGAUAUAAAAGAACCAAUAAAUAUACCCUUAAAAACUAACGCUGAAACUAAUACAAUUGAUUUUAUUACACUCCUGAUGAACCACAGAAGCUUUUGUAACGCAUCAAAAACCACUCGAUUACCUAUAAGAGAACCACUUAAUUUAGGAGUGCAGAAAGGAAAACAUGUUGUUAUGUCUAAAAUAAAAGAAUCGAACGAUGAUUCUGUAAUAUCUAACAAAAUAAAUCAAGCCGUUUCAAAUCAAAGUUGGUAUAUACAAAAGUGUACAAGAAAUUUCGCUAUUAACAAUUCCAAUAAACCUCACAAUUAUAGAUACAAUAAUAUAACAAGAAUACCAGUGAUAUUAGAAAAGAAAUCUGCAGCUAGAAACACUAAACAAGGUAGAGAGAGUUUAGUAAAAAAUGGAAAAAACUCAAUCAAACAACUUACGCCGAUACCUUUGAAAAUGUCAAAACAAACUCAAAUGAAAAAUAACUUAAUUUUAGUAGACCAAAUAUCAAAAAAGUACAAAAUCCGUGAAUUAUUUUUAAGUAAUAGAUUUAAAUUGAAAAGGUCGAGUUCUUUAAUCGAAUCUACAGCACACUUGGGAAGUAGUGGCGAAUUGAAAACACUGUAUCGUUGUUCCAGCGAUCGAUUAUUGUGUUCUGGGCUAGUUAGCCCGACGGGUGCAAGACUACGAGGCCCGCAGGCCGGCUUUGUAUCUGGAACGCCUGGUGGCCGUUUGGCUGGUUGGAUAAUAGAUUCUGGUGGUCCUCUAGAGAAUGCGUCGCGAGAACUGGGCCAGGCCCAGCUCUCCGUCCAGCAGUUGCAGCGGUUGCUCGACGCGCUUGAAAUGCAACAGCAGGUCCACCACGACACUGACGUUUCAAUAGAGGGCGCUUCUCCCAACGUUAAGAAAGAUCGCCGCAAGUUCGGUCUUAGGAAAAAGAAAUCGAGCAACAAAUGCGCUUCCAUAGAACUAGCGCCACCGCAUAUAGACCCGUCUAACUCACAUAUGGCGCUGUCGGCGCUGACGGCGCCGCCGUCGCCGGGAGGGGGCGCCGCCUCCGCGCCCGCCGCACACUCCGCCGCCUCGCUGCCCGUCGCGUUUCUUUCGACAUUUCUGGCCACCACUUUAGUUCCGUGUGCGGCGGCGCGGCCGCAAUCCCUCCCGGGGGCGGAGGCUCUCGGCACAUCAGGUGGGACUCCGCUGGCAUCCCUCACUCCCGACCAGCAGCUAAGAGAGGACUUCGCGGUGUUGGCCAAGGACCUCGUUGCCAGCCUGAAAGGGAUCGUCGCUACACUGGUGUGCGAGCGAGGUCGAGUGCGCGCGGCCGCGGAGGCGAGCGAGGCGGCGGGCGGCGCGCUGGCGGCGCUGCGCUCCAACCUGUCCACGGCGCUGCACCAGAACUCCGAGCUCCGCUCCCGCCUGUCCCGGAUACACGACGCCUCCGAUCUAGCCGAGAUCUCCUCGAUGGGACCCAACUCUGAUCAGAACCGUCAGUUCCAGCAGUCGCUGAGCUACAGUUCGUCGUGUGUGUCCGCCUCGGAGUUCUUCGACGCGGAGGAACACGAUGACGAAUUCAAACCCGCCGAGAUCAUCGACGCUGACGAGGCUGGCGUAAUAGAACUAGACGGCGAUUCGUCUUCGGACGGAGGUUCCUUGAGCAGUGAAGAAGGAUCGGCUAGUUCCGACAACUCGGAUGCUGCAAUGGUGACGUCGGAGCAAGUGGCGAUGCGGCUGAGCGCGAACGGCGCGUGCGAGGGGGCGCGCGAGCCGGUGGGCGGGGCUGGGGGCGUGGGCGGGGGCGGACAGGUGGGCGGCGCCACCGCGGGAGGCGGGGGGCGCGGGUGGGCGCGCCGCACGCGCCUACCCAGCCCGCGGCCCACGCCGGGCGGGCCCAGCCUCUGGAACCUGCUCUACAAGAACAUCGGCAAGGACCUCAGCCAGAUCUCUAUGCCCGUCACCAUCAACGAGCCGCUCAACAUGCUCCAGCGGCUGUGCGAGGAGCUGGAGUACUGCGAGCUGCUGGAUGCUGCAGCGGCGUGUGGGGGUGCGGCCGAGCGCAUGGCGCUGGUGGCGGCGUUCGCCGUGAGCGCGUACGCGGCGUCCGCGCACCGCGCCGCCUCCAAGCCCUUCAACCCGCUGCUGGCCGAGACCUACGAGUGCGUGCGCGACGACCGCGGCUUCCGCUUCGUGGCCGAGCAGGUGUCGCACCACCCGCCGGUGUCGGCGUGCCACGCGCAGGCGGCGCGCUGGGUGCUGUGGCAGGAGGCGCGCAUCCGCACUAAGUUCUGGGGCAAGUCCAUGGAGUUCCAGCCCGCCGGACACGUGCACCUGCGCCUGCUGCCGCAUGGCGACCUCUACACCUGGAACAAGGUUACCACGUGCGUGCACAAUCUCUUCGGCGGGCAACGUUGGGUGGAUCAAUACGGAGACAUGCACAUCACCUGCCACGGCAAGGAUAUCAGCUGUAAACUAAACUUCAUCAAGGCGAGUUCGUGGUCGAGCGGCAAGCAUGAAGUACGUGGUGCGGUGACGUGGGCGGGCGGGCGACUGCGGCUGUCGGGCCGCUGGUCCGAGGCGCUCUACGCCGGGGAGCCGCCCGCCGCGCGCUGUCUGUGGAGACCCGGUGCAAUGCCACCGGACAAUGAGCUGUACUACGGGUUCACUCGCUUCGCCAUGGAGCUUAACGAGCUGGAGCCCGGCAUGAAGGACGUGCUACCUCACACUGACACCAGGCUUAGGCCCGACCAGCGCGCCCUAGAGGAGGGGGACGUGGAGACGGCGGAGCAGCUCAAGCACCAGCUCGAGCAGGCGCAGCGCGAGCGCCGCCGCGACGCGCACGACCACACGCCGGCCUGGUUCCGCAAAGUGACUGAGAACGGUGAAGAGAUGUGGGUGUUCACGGGCGAGUACUGGAAAGCCAGAGAGGCGGGCUUCCCAGAUUUAAAGGCGCCUGUUAUAUGGUGA